AUGAAUCCGAUCAUUGAUGCGUCGACAACUUCCUCUUCGUCAGUUGAAUUGACAGAAGCAAUGAAUGAAGCUUUUAAAGAUACUGGUGAAUUAGCAAGUAACGCAAAAAAUUUCUAUGAUUUUAUGGCCAAAUAUUUCCAAAGGCCAGAUUGGACAUUUAUGAAUUACGGCUUUGCAAUCCAAGACAAUGAUCUUCACAAAACAAUAUUAAGAAAUGGUGAUGUUGACGAUCUUAAUCCUGCUCUAUAUUACGUUCAAUUGUACUCUGCUGCUAUCAGUGAUACUAAUUUGGAAGGAUUAGAUGUAAUCGAAAUCGGAUGUGGUCGUGGUGGAGGUAGCGCAUGGAUUGCACGUAAUUUCAAUGUUAAAUCGAUGGUAGGAAUUGAUUAUUCAGAAAAUGCUAUUGAAUUUUGCCAAAAAUGUCACGCAGCUAUCCCCAAUCUUCGUUUUGAACAUGGUAAUGCUGAAUGUUUACCAUAUUCAAACAACACAUUCGAUAUUGUAAUUAAUGUUGAAUCAUCACAUUGUUAUCCAUCAAUGGAACGUUUUUUAAGUGAAGUUUAUCGUGUGCUAAAACCAGGUGGAUAUUUCUUAUGGACCGAUUUCCGCCAAGCUAAAGAAAAAACAGUUCUUCUUGAACAAUUUAAAACAUCUGGUUUAGAAAUGAUAGAAAAGGUUGACAUUACUGAAAAUGUUGAUUUAGGAUUUGAUAAAGGAAGAGAGGCGAGACUUUCUUUACUCAAAGAAUUUCCAAAUGAAUUGCAAACAAAAUUAAAAUCUUGGAUCGAAACAUCAAGGUAUAAAAAUGGUGAAACGUUUUUUUUGCGAUGUAGAUUUAAAAAACCAUUGACACACAAUAUGCAUUCGAACACCGACAUAUAA